GCUAUGUUGUAAGUUACUGUACAUACUUCAGGUGCCCGAUCCAAUGUUAUCGGUGGAAAAUUAACCGAAGUCUAUGAACUUACGAUCAAUUUGUACAGCUGUAGUGAUCUAUGGUAGUUUGAAGACUCAAUAUUCAUAAAUAUCCAAGGACAUAAUUGAAAAACCGCUAUGGCACGGCUUGUAGGUGUUUGCAAAACGGACGACUAUCAGUUUCUUCGUCGACAACUUCCCAUAACUGUGGACGAUGACUUGAAGAUGGUGAUCCAGUUUAACGAUACAUGUGUGGACUGUGAGAGUGCCCGUGGGAUCAAACAGAAGGAGCUGGAACUGUUCGUCCAGCGGUUUAGUGCCCUGACUAAAGACGAGAUCGCUGUUGAGAUGAUGGUGUCUAGCAAAAAUAUCAUGAAUUUGCUUACACAUCUUGUGCCUUGUGUUGGGUGUCGAAGGAGUGUGGAGAGAAUGUUUCAUCAGCUGGUCGACUCGCAGCAUCCUGCCCUUGAACCACUGAUAGUUACACAGAGGGCUGAGCUAUCCAUCAAUCGUGAUAACCUGUUUGAUCCCCGUUCUUUGUAUGCAUUAUUUAACAUACACAGAGCCAAACUAAAUUCCAUAAUGGAGUCAAUUCCAAAAAGUAAGAAGAACAAGCGUUGCAACCUACAUUCGUUAGACACACACAAGCCUCGUACAACAGGGAGCUGGAUUGAAAUCUGGGACUUACUAGCUCAGGAGUGUCGAGAAGAAGUAGUUUUAAUUGAUGCAGAUAGCCUAUCAGAUACCCUCGAAGCUUACCUCAGAAAACACAGGUUUUGUUCUGAAUGCAAGUCCAAAGUUCAGCGUGCAUAUAAUAUCCUGGUAGAGGAUCUGGACUGUACAAAAGAGGUGGGUUACUGUGCUGCACUAUACGAGGGCCUCCGCUGUUGUCCGCACGAGAGACACAUCCAUAUGUUGUGUGAUACUGACUUCAUAGCCCACCUCAUUGGCAGGGCAGAGCCAGAACUAGCGGGAGGGAGCAGGAGAGACCGUCAUGCUAAGACUUUGGACAUUGCCCAGGAAGAAGUGCUGACAUGUUUGGGGAUUCAUAUUUAUGAUCGCCUCCAUCGUAUCUGGCAAAAGCUGAAGGCGGAGGAACAAACCUGGCAGAUCCUGUUCUACCUCGGAGUUGAUGCCUUGAAGAAAAGCUUUGAGAUGGCUCUAGAAAGAAAACAAGGAAUUUCUAACCUGGAGCUUAUGUGUGAGGAGAUUUUAGAGGAAGAGAGAGCCAAAGAACAAAAACGAGAACAAAAACGACAGAAGAGGAAAAAGAAGAAGGCUAAGUCAAACCAGCUGGUGCUGGAGAAGGAGAAUUGUGCCGAGGAUCCAGAGGAGGAAACACACUGUGAAUGUGAUAAAGUAGCUACACUGAAGCCAAGGACGACCAAUCAUGGACCUUGUGCAGAGAAGUGUGGCAUCUUUGCUGACCAAAACUCCAACACGACGUUAGCAUCGAGAGAGAGCUGUCGUGGAGGGCAGAGUUUAGAUCGACCACUACGGAGCGAGAGUCAGAACAGUGAUUUUGGGUACUCUUCAGAUGUGGAGGGCUGUGAGAACUGUAGUGCUCCUAGCUCUAGUAGCUCGGACAUUCUAUGUUCUGACGGUGUCUGUAGCAGUCAAGAUGGUGGUGACAGUGUGUGUAGUUCCUCCACUGACGGGUUAGAUACGUGUAGCAACUGUUUGUCUCAGGUCUCCCCCAACAAGCAAAACAGUCACCGAAGUAAACACAAAUGUGAUAUUCUCCAGACAUCCGAAAGUUGUAGCAGUGCCAACUCCAGUCCUCUCCAACAAAACGUGACCAUGAGUCUCCUUGACAUGUUAGAGGCACCUUGUUCUUCAGAGGAUGACGAUUUCAUAACAGAGGAAGAAAUAAAGCACUUCAAAGCCAAUAAGAAGAAAAUACUAGAAAAACGGCAAGAACUGCGGGAAGACUUACGAAAGAAAUUCAACACCAAGUUUCAGCAGCAGGGAGCGGACGGUCAACCAUAUUGGAAAGAAAACCUUGACAACAUCGUCCAGAAGAUGUGUAAAAUGUGAUAAAGAACAAGAAAGCUGUGGCAUGCUCUAUAUUUAACAAGUGUAUUUACGAAGGACUGGGAAUGGUUUAAGACAUUUCAUAUAUCUAUGUGAGAUUCUGUCAGGGAUUUGGUUGAUUCCUUCAUUUCUCUAAGUUAGGCUCCACACUUAUGUAAUCGAUCAGAAUCUGUGACAAUGUAUUUCUUGGGACUUUUUGGGUACAGAUAUUUGUGACGUCCUUUUGGAGAAUUUAAACUUUAUAACCAUAACGUCUGGGACUAAUGGGACUCGUGAAAUUUGUUGCCUCGCCCGAAAAGAAAUCCUGCAAAAAUUACUGUGUCCUUCAAAUAAAGUGUGAGGAUAUAUGGUUUAAAAUGCAUUUCUGAUUGGUUGAGACAAAGUUAAAACUUUUGGGUCUACUUUCUUCAUACUGUGUGGGAGUGAUAAAUAGGGUAUAUACUUGAUGUCAACCUUAUGGGAUUCCAGAAGGCCAACAUUGCCUCUGGUUGGCUGAAAGAAAUACCGGUUAUGGUUUUAACUAUUGGUAGUGAUACAUUUGGAUCAAAGUAAAUUUGGGUAUAUUUUGCAGAUCUAAAUGUCAUAAUUUUGUAUGCAACAUUUUGGGUGACCUUUGUAACAGGACCUGUGAUAAUAAGAUGAAUAUAUAUGCUGAGGUUUUACUGGCUUGAUAUUCAUGUUUGAUUAAAUAUCUUAAUGGUAUAGUAACAAUAUUUCACGGUUUAGAAAGUCCAUAGGGGGAAUUUAAUGUAAAGAAAAUGAUUUAUUAGGUUGAAAAGCUUCAAAUUGUUGUUCCUGUUACAACUGGGAAUUAGAAAAGGCUCACAAGUAAGGAUCGCUCAAACAAACUGUCUUCAAGAAACUAUAAAAUUGGUUAUACCUACUGAUAUAACAUUCAGCAUGGAGCCUAGCAUAGAGAAAAGGUGUCGAUAGCUCAAGUUUGUCGCAAACAACAUCCAUUGUGGGUUUAAAAUCUUGUUAGAGGUCUGUAAGGUGUAGAUCACCAAGACUGGGAUCAUUCAUGACAAAAUUUGCCCAUUAAAUUUCCAAUUAUAGCUAAAAAGAUACAUUUUAAUUGUAUUGUGUAUGUCUUAAAAAUGUGUCUGACAGGAAACAUGAUAAAUUGUGUCGACAUGAUACAUUGUAAAGUAUGUAUUUGGAUGGAUUUAGGUACGAGAGACGGCCUAUUAAACAUUGUCUCUUUUUUCUCUACAUAAUGACUUGCCUUUAGAAUGGUCUUAGCAUGUACAUCGUGAGAUUUGCAUGUCACUUUCAUUUUAGAAAUUUUCUGUAAUAUUGGACAUGAGACAGCUGAAAGAUCUGUUAAUGUCAUGUAGUUAUAUACAUGUAUUUAUGUCAAAAUUUCUUUGCUUUAUUUAAAAAAUAUUUUAAUAUUAUAUUUAUAGUCAUAAAUAUGUUGAUCAUUUUGUUCAAAAUGAUGGUUGUUAAAUAAUUUUAAUGAACAUCCACUUAACUCUAUUCAAUUAAAUCUCAAUGACCAACUGUUUACAAAAUGAAUUAGUUCUGUUUUAAGGUAGAGAGUACAGAUCUAGAGUAAUAUUUUUGUACUGUAACAUUAAAUACAUUUCCAGGUAAAUACAUUGUCGUUAUUUAGUAAUAAUUGGAAAAGGAUUAAAUAGUGAAAUUUAUUCCAGCAACAUUUGAUAUCAAUGAACUACAUUUAAUAUUUAUUCAUAUGAAAUGUUUUAGAAAAAGGGGAAUACCCAAUGGCAUCUUAUUAAUCUGGACACUCAGGUUUUGGAAUAAAAUCAUGUGAUAUAAAUCAUCACAAAGAAAAAGAUAAAUUCCUACAAAUCAACAUGUUUAUAUUCUAUUUCUGGUUUUAUCAGACACAGUGUUGAAGUGUAUUGUCUUCAUGUUGACUCUAGGGGCUGAGAUUUACAUUUUAGAGAAGGGAACCGGCAUGUCUGGUACACAUGACAUGCACACAUACUUCCACACGAGAGGGAUAUUAUAACUUAGAUAAGUGCUAUAUAUGUAGGAAAAAUCUGAACAGAUAUGAUAAUCUUAAACAGUGAAUAAUUAAAGUCUUUAAAUAUUACACAUAUUUUGUCAUCUACAGUGUGAUGAAAGUUAAGGAAAUAUUGUCAACUAAAAUGUUUCCUCUGUCAAGUUAAAAAAACCUUGAGCAAGCUUUAGAGUUUAAAAAGAUUAUUCCAUACCAUAUGUUAGAGGGAGAUAAAUUUAUCUAGAUUCUACCAACUGUCACUUGUGGUUUAUAUCAAAUUGUUUAGUGUCUUUACACUGACACUGUGGUUUUUGUACGCUUACUUUUAAGACCUCACUUGUACAUGUUAUAAAACUUUCUUCAUCACAGUUCUGAACACCUGACUGUACACUUACAAUGAUAAAUCAUCAAUAUUUGUCUUGUUUUAAGUUUUACAGUGUGCCAGUAAUAAUGUCAUCAAGGAGAAGCCAUUUAUAUUUCUAAGUUGUGUGGUUUUACAUCAGAGAAACACCAUGCUUUAUUGAAGAUUUAAUAUACAAAAACAAGUAUGGUAAGCUUACAAUUUUCCAUUAAUGAUGUUUUAAAAAACUACCCGUUAUGUGGUUUUGAAGAAAUGAAGAAACCUGUUGGCUUGUUGAAAGUAAUACCAGUCAAUCUGGAUGACAAAUUAUUUACUGCAAAAUUUCUCAUCUGCAAGGGGAUUUUCUUUAUAUGUCUUUUCAUGAAAGUGAGUUCAUACAAUGAAUUCUUGAUUGAUUUCAUUUGUAAAGAAACAGUUUGCAUAUGGUAGAUGACAGACUUGUUUAUGCCAAGCAUGGUUGGUUGUAGUUGUUGAAAACAAAAUCCAUAAAUUAUUUCAUUGUCUGGUCCAAUAAAUAUUUUGACAUUUUUUAAUGUUUCUGUCGACUUCACAUGCAUAUUGUUGCUGUUGUUUACUUGUUGGUAACUUGUGAUUAUCCAUGCUACACAAGAACCUAUAUAUCACUGCUCACAGCAGAUCUGUCCAAACGUUGUGUUCUACUAACUUAAACAGCCGGAGAACAUUGAAAUGGAUCGUCUCUUUUUGAUGCACUGGUAUUUAGCUUCUUGUAUUGGCGUGACCAAAGUGUUUUUGUUGAUUCUUGUUGAUUUGCCUUUUCAGGAGCUGUGGAAAUGGAGAGAUUGUUAUGUGGUAUGGUACAAUGUGUACUGAGUAUACUAGGACGCUACAAUCCACCGUCACCCGGUGGCGGGAUUACUAUUUAUAACAACUACAUGUAUUUAAGACAUGCGAAAGUGUCUUUGUGACUUUUGUAACAAAUAAUGAAAUGGAAUUUUGGCAGGUGGAGUGGUGUUAGAAUGAUCUGCCAAAUAAAUUCUGCUAUAUUUUA